CUAGCAAGUUAAAGCACGCGAAGGUUGGCGUUUUUUAUUGAAUCAUAAAUUUCCCAUUAAAUCGAUUACCUUACCGCAUUUCGCAUACGAGGAAGUCUUUAGAAGAAACAAGUGUUUUUUUACUGUGAAAAGCUCAAACGUUCAUUGCCGUAAUGAAAACAUAGGUUUACUCGGAAAAUGCAUUAGUUUUCUGUACGAAUUUUCACAUUACUUAAUACAGAGGCGAAAUAAUUCCCGUGUCUCCAUCCAAUAUAAAUAUAAAUAUAUUAAUUACAUAAUACAUUUACGCAAAUAAGACCUCGUCACCAAGUUGCAUAAGUACAGCGAAUCAGCUCCUUUUUAUCGAGUUGAACGAUCCCGCGAAACAAUCUACGCGCGGCUCAUCCGUGAAAUCUCCCGAACCCGGAAAAGCCAAAAAAGUGUCUAUCGCGAGGUAGACGAAAAAAAGCCGAAGGUCAAGUCCGUAACACAGCCAGCGCAGAACAAUGAGCAGAAGGAAAGAAAGAGAAUAAGCCUGCGAACUCUCGACCUUGCUCCAGUGGCUUUGGCCGGAAAAACAAUAUUACACUAUUCGCCGGUCUUUUUUUUUAACGAUUUGCUCGUUUACGCACUUGUGCGUGUGUAUAAAAGAGUUUGGCCCGACGACAGGGGCAGCAGUUUUUCUCGAGAUGCUAUCGGCGAGUGAUGCCGAGGACCGAAAGCGAUAGUUUCGGAGCUUUCAUGUCUUGGAGUAUCUUCACGGAGAAGUCGGUUUUGUCCUCCAGGAUCAACGAUCAUUACAAAUAGUCGUUCGCUUUUUGAUGCUUUGGAUAUACUCGCAGUCCUUAUUGCAGACUUAUAGUUAAAAACUUUUUAUAUAAAAAAUAUACAAGUGGGAUAUAAUAAAUAGUAAAAUUGUGUACUGAAUUCACCGCCGACAUGCCGCCGCAAAUCGUAGCGAUCGAUCAAGAUCUCAACCGUCUUCUGAGAGACAAGUUCACUAGUGAUUUUCGCACUGGAUACAUCAACGUCGACGGUGUUUGCCUUCCGGAGUAUUACGCCAAAUUCGCCGAUGCUAUAGAGAACAUGGAAGUUCGAGACGAUGACAUCUGGGUCUGCAGUUUUCCAAAAACUGGCACGACGUGGACGCAAGAGAUGGUCUGGUGCAUCGCGAACGAUCUGGACUUCGACGGUGCCAAGGUCGUCCUCUCCGAGAGAUUUCCCUUUUUAGACCACACUCCGCUCUUCGACUACACGACGAUAAUCCCGCGAACGCCUGGUCUGGAUCUACCUGAGCUUGCGCUCGACAGCGUCGGUUUCAUCGACAGACUACCCAGUCCAAGAUUCAUCAAAACUCAUCUGCCGUUCAAUCUGCUACCACGACAGUUGCGAACCGGAGAGAAGAAACCCAAGAUCAUCUACGUGGCGAGAAACGCUAAGGACACCUGCGUAUCCUACUACCACCACUGCAAGCUUCUCGAGGGCUAUCGAGGAGACUUCGACGAGUUCUGCAGUCUCUUUUUAGGCGGAAAACUUUGCUUCGCACCUUUCUGGAAGCACGUCCUGGGGUAUUGGAACAGCAAAGAUAAGGAUAACUUUUUAUUCAUCAAGUACGAAGAUAUGAAAGCUAAUUUAGCAUCAGUGAUACAGAAGACUGCCGAGUUUUUGGGAAAGAGCUUGCAGAACCAGGAGAUAGAAGUUCUGCAAGACCACCUGAGCUUUGCCAGUAUGAAGGCCAAUCCGGCGGUUAAUUACGAAGAAGUCGUCGAGCUGAAUAAGAAGUUCAAGCUGAUCGAGACUGACGGACAGUUCAUGAGAAGCGGAAAGGUGAACCAGUGGAAGGGGAAGAUGAGCGAUCAAGUUAUCGAGCAGUUCGAUCGAUGGACUGAAGAGAAUUUGAAAUCUACUGGCCUGGCUUUUUGAUAGUUUUUCAAAUAGUAUGUACAAUAUAACGAUGAGUUGCUGUGAAUAACUGUAUGAUAAUUGCAUAAUAAAGCUUUAAUGAUAAA